AUAGUAGACAUUCCGUUGCAUUAUUUGCACACCGCACAUGUAUGAACACUGAUUUCUUAGUUUACAAUUACCAUUUUAAGAAUGGUCCCACCUAGCCCAGAUAACCUAUCGGCGUUACCUUCCUUCAUUGUCAAAGUGCAUUCAGACCAACACUGACAUGAUGUGAUUGCAAUAAUUAGGAACAAUUGUUAGUUAACAAUGUGAUUUGUAGAUUUGAACCAUGUUUAGUUAUAGUGUGCUUACGGUUUUACUAUUUUCGGUUUCCGUUAUGGCGACCAGAGUUGUUGAAGGAUCUCAGCCAGUACUACAAAAGACAAUAGAAGCAUUAUUCAAAGACAGAUCUCAAGUAAUACAUCCAGGAACAUGCAAGUUGAUCCGAUCUUCGCCUCGACAAGCGAAAAUGUGCAGCAGGGAAGCUACUUUAACUAGCAUUCUGGAGAAAGCAAAGGAGCAAGCUAUACAAGCUUGCGAGGAAGCUUUCUUCUACGAUCGAUGGAACUGCUCUCUAGUAUUUAAUAGGAAAGAAAAGAAGAGUAUUUUUAACAAAAUUUAUAGAGAGACUGCUUUUAUACAUGCCCUCACUGCAGCUUCUAUAACUCAUGCAGUAGCGAGAGGAUGUGCUUCUGGUGACCUCACAAGGUGUUCCUGCCAAGGUAAUUUUCGGAAAAAUGUCUCAGAAUGGAAAAGAAAUGGUUGCGGUGACGACUUUAAAUACGGGAAACGGAUCACAAGGAACUUUCUGGACUUCAAACACGCAGGCAACGAUCAGAUCGCCGAGAUUCUCAAGCAAGAUGUGGUUAUAGGCAUCAACUCCAUCGGAGAGCAAAUGAAAGAAGUCUGCAAGUGCCAUGGUUUUUCCGGAUCCUGUACUACUAAAACCUGCUGGAAGAGAUUAGGACCUUUCAACUCCGCUAUGGGCGUUCUUAAAAAGCACUAUCACCACGCCGUGAAGAAGAAGUUGCUUAACUACACGACAAAGAGAGCGAUAGCGCCUAAAAUAAGACGUAAAAUGAAUAUUGAUAAGAAUAACUUGGUGUAUCUUCAAAAGACGCCUAAUUUAUGUGUGAGCACGAUAGGUAGGGUGUGUCGGGACCGCGACAACUGCGCGACUUUGUGUUGUGCGAGGGGGUACUUGACGACCAAGAAGCCUGUGAGCUCUAGGUGCAGGUGCAAGAUGGUGAAUUGCUGCAUCGUCAAGUGUGAUACUUGCGUCAAGGACGUGGAUAUUUAUACGUGUAAAUAAAGUGCAAUUACUGAUAUUCUGAUGG